CUGCUGGAAGACAAAAGAACCCACGUUUGCUGGCAAAGAAAGCUAGAGAAGAAGCAAAAGCAAAGGAAGAACAAAAAGCUAAAGAAGCUGAAGCAAAGAAAGAGUAA